AUGGACGACCAUCAUUCCAGCUCGACCGAUGACGACUUCAAGGACGCAAAGAGCGGAGACACGACUAGCACCGACGAGGAAUCAUCGCCGAAGAGGGUGACGCGUGCACGAGGCAGGAAACAAGUAGCAGCAGCGGCAUCGGCGGCGGCGUCCGACUCAGAAAGCGAAGGCCCCCGCACCCGCGGUGCAAGUAAAGCGAAAGUGAAGCCUGCAGCUGAUUCCACAUCGAAAGCGAAAAAGAGCAAGAAGGGCAACAGCAAGGCCUCCGCUAAGCAGAAACAAAAGGACGGAGAGUCGGACGACAGCGACUCGCCCGGUGACUACGUCCACGUCCAAGUAGGUGACUGCGUGAUGCUGGAUUCAGGAGACCCGGAGGAUCCGUAUGUUGCGCUCGUGAGCUCAGUUCAGACCUCGCAGCGGCAUGAUCGUGCUGUCUCCACUUUCAUGGCUCAGUGGUACUAUAAGCCUUACGACGUCAAGGAUGAGGUGAAGGACUUGAUCAAGGGCGGCGUCUUGGAGAACGAAGUGUUCCUCUCGCCGCACAAGGACAGGAACUCGAUCGAUGCAGUGAUUGAAGUAUGCCAGGUCGUUUCUCCUGAGGAGUAUAAUGACAUCAAGGAUGAGAUCAAGCGUGGGUACCGCGAAAAGGGCAAGACGUAUUUUGUGUGUCGCUACAAGUACUACCCGAACCGAAGCAACAUCAAAAAGGCCCUCGAAGUUGUUGAAAAUGAAGCAAUCCGGAGCGGUUUGGGCCGUCCCAAACCCAAUGUCGGUGCAAGUUAUCAGGCGAUCAUCCCAGAUUUCAUAGAGGCAGCUCCAUGUGUAAGUAGCACCGACGGCUCCGAUGUUCCGUGGAAGAUACGCGAGGACCCUGCUGCGCGUCCGCGACAAAUGUGGUCCCCUCUCGCCGCAAGCACUCAAACUCAGAUGUUUAUUCAGUUUCGAAACCUCGUCGACACGCUCAAGUUUGGAGUUGGCAACAUCGUGAAAACAUACCGUCCAGAUGCGAAACCUAUGGGACACCAGCGCGGAAUCGUUCUUCAGGACCUCCGUUCUGACUCAAUCCAAGUUUGCGUAUCGAGCGGACAAGUGCUCACGGUGCUGAAAAGUGAAGUGUGUUCGCCGCUUUCUGAAGACUUAGCGAUGCAGCACUUAUAUCUUUCGAGAUUUAACUUAUCGCAAGCUGCCUACGGUUGCUCCAAGACAAUUCUGCAUGCCCAGCGUAAGGAAAGAAAGGCGUUCCGAAAGGAGGUUGAGCUGUUUGCAAAGGCGAAGGCUGCGGCUGCGAUUUCUACGGAGAAAGAUCUGCAAGAGGGAGACAGUCGAAAGCGUAAGAAGUAG